CACAGCUAUAAUUAGAAACAUAAUUUCAAAUUUCAAUAUUUUAACGCGGUGAGGAAAUAAUACAGCAAAAACCAAAAAUUUUGUGAAUUAUAUCAGGUAGUGCGAGGUAUAAAAAACGUAUAAUAUACUGCAGAUAAUAAUGCAGCAUGCAGUGAUGCUUGAGAUGUCAUUCGGUGCGUGGUGAGCGGGAGGGAGAACGAGAACGAAAGAGAGAGAGAGAGAGUGAGAGACAGAGACGGAGGAGAGAUUUAGAAGAUAUUUUUCUUCUGUGAUCUGAUAUUUUCUCGCCGUGGAGCGAGAAAAAUUCUCCUGAGCUUGAGCCAGCCGCGAUGGAUCGCGAACUGAUCGAGAAGUUUAUCGAAGUGACGGGCGAAAGCGAGGCGACGGCUCAGCAGUACCUGGCGUUGGCCGAUGGAAAUGUGGAGAUGGCAAUCAGCCUGAUGUUCGAGGGUGGCAGACCGCCGGAAUCCGAGAAUGCUAAUCCCGAGCCACCCGUAAGGGCUCCUAUACUACCUACGCGCGAGAUUCUGGUGCCCUCGGAGCCAGUGUGUUCAUUACCACAGUUGUCGAAUAAUGUAUUUGAUAGAUUCAGAGAUUUUGCGGUAGAAACCCAGCGACAAGAGGAAGAGAUGACUCGCCGAGUGAGUGGUGCAAAACACAUGUCUCAAAAAAAAUCAAAACGUCUGGAAGAUUUAUUUCGACCGCCGUGCGAUAUUCUCUUCUUGGGUUCCUUCAUGGAGGCGCGGGACCAUGCAAAGACCUUAAACCGUUGGCUGCUUGUCAAUGUUCAGAAUCCCCAAGAAUUUAGCUGUCAGGUUCUCAACCGGGACGUAUGGCCCAACGAGAAUAUCCAGGAAAUUGUGAAGGAUCACUUUAUUUUGUGGCAAGUCUUGUCUAACACUACAGAUGGAAAACGUUAUAUAGACUUUUACAAUGUGGUGACAUAUCCUUAUCUGGCGAUUGUAGAUCCUAGAACAGGAGAAUGUAUGAAAACUUAUAACAACAUUACUGUGGACAACCUGAUGUCUGAUUUAAAUGAUGUGUUAAGCACACAUCCAUCUCCAGAAAGUGCUACGCAAGUUACAUCUGACUCUAGGGAUUGGAAUAACUUUCCCACGACGCCUCCAAAACGAAGUACUUUAGCUGAUCAAAUGAAGAAUGAAUGUGGACCUAGUAGUAAAACUUCUAGACUUUUAUCAGAAAAAAUCACAGAUUCUGGAAACGAGACUGUUACGUCUGAUAACAUUACAAGUUCAAGUGUUCCAAGUUCAAAUAUGCCAAGUAGUAGCAACUCUGCUUUUAAUAAAAAGAGAAAAUUAAAUGAAUGCGCGAUUAAGCAACAAAAGGAUGAGAAGUUGAAAUCAAAUGCAACUAAACCUGAAACAGGAGACGAACCUUUUCUACGGCUCUGCCUACGACUGCCUAAUGGUGCAAAGGAAACGAUAUCAAUGUGUGCGACUGACACCAUAGAAGACUUUUUGAUUAAAAUGGAAGAAAUGGGUUUUUCAUCAACGGAGCAUACUUUUUUGGUGCCAUUCCCGAAAACAAACGUCGGUGCACUGUCUGCGAAUACUCGUCUGUUAGACACAAUCUUGUUUCCGACGAACACAGUAUUCAUAACGAAGAUAUAGUAACAUCUCAUGAAUAAAUCAUAAUUGCUUCCAUUACAAUUACACAUUUUUCGAUUUAAGACUUUAAGUGUAACAUGACAUUUGUUUAAAAUUUUGUCACUGUUAUUUCUAUAUUAUGAGAGUUUGUAACGAUUGUUAAAGUUUUAGAAUUGGAUUUGUUCUUUAAAAGUAAUGAUCCAAUUAAUCGUGUCUCUUAUGUUCAGUUAAGCAUGCUUAAGUUAAAACACAAGGUUUUUUUUGCAUAAGACAAAUAAUAAAGACACUGCCAUUCAGUGUUCACGUCAAAAAUGCAUUCAGUAAUCUUUUCAUCUUAAACUAGGAUUUAAGCUUAUCGCGACUUAUGAGAAAAAGCAAUUAUAUCAACAUUGUAUGUAAAUACUGCCGUAGUAUCAUCACAUAAUCUUUUAGUUUUAUUAUUACUAUUUCUGAAAAUCUCACAAGUGCCGUCCAAUGCGUACAGCCGUUACGAUACAUUUUCUUCGGAAUAUUUCAAAGAAUUUCAAAGUGGCACAUACAGCAAAAAUUGCUCUUGGCAGUGAUUUUACAGCAUUAUUAUUAUGUGAUACAGAAACAGCGUUUUGAAACAUUCUAUAUAAAAUUUUUGUCAAUGUGAUUCAACAAGACAAGUAAGAUUUUAUAUUACAAUUUAUAAUAAUUAAAUAAAAAAUAAGAUAGUGAAGUCUACUAUUCAUUAUCUUAUUUUUUCACAUUAUCACAUCAUAUACAUUACUGAUAGUACAAGAUAUAUCAAUGUACGAUCCUUUUACCAAGAUAAUCGGUUCAAAUUCAAACUGCCGGUAUAUAAUUAAGAUAGAUAUAGCUCAAAAUAGUUGACAAAUAUAAUUAUUGUCAAUAGAAUAAACAGAUAAUAUGCAUCGACUAUAGUUAUAUUUCAUGUAUGUUAAACAUUUCAUGUAUUUUUACUUACUUUGUUUCUCAAUGUAUAGCAUAAUUCUGUAAUAUACGGUAGAAAAGAUUUCUCCUAUUAAACGUGUACUUAUAUUAAAUAUAUCGUUUAAUUAGACCGUAAUAUUUCGUAUAGCCUGCAUCAUUUUUUAAAUAUAAAAUUCCUAUUUUUUGAAAAGUAAAUUAAUAGUUUGUCAGUAAUUAAAAUAUUACGUUAAUUUUUAAUAUAGCGCAUAUUCUCUUUGAUAGAUUAUCCUAGAUAUAUUGUAAUGAUGGAAAUAUAUUGAUUCAAAUACAUAUAUAAUGAAACAUGCAUUAUACAUAUACACAUAGGUUACUAAACAUAUUCUGCUGUAAAGGGUGAUGGAAGGAUUCAUUAAAAUACGAAAAAUUAUAGAAUAAAAAUAAUAUAAUAUAUAA